AUGUUGGAAGUUCCAGAGACAAUAAGCCUUUAUCUCGAAGUUUUCUUCUGUAGAAUCUUUGUAACUCUGAUCUCUAAGCGUUUCAUUUUUAAGUUUAAAAGUGUCAAAUGUCGCAGGUCAGCGCAAUGGAUUGAGCCAAAUAGUCCUUUAGACACGUUUGUUGUGUCAGUGACGGCGAUAGGAGACUGCAUCUUGAACGGAGAAAAUAAAUUUACUGAACCCGAAUCAUACCGGGUGUCAAAUUACUAUACAUUUUAUAUAGAGAAUGAUUGUGAACAUGAUUAUCCAAAGAAAAUCGACAGAUGUUCCUAUGAGGAGUAUAAUAACCAGACACUUAAGCGAGUUGAUUUAAGCAUUCACGAUACGACAAAGGAAGAGUGCAAAUCAGCAUGUGAGAACGAAGACCGUUUUAUAUGUCGUGGGUUCACAUGGACGUCUAGACAGAGCCGCGGUCUCUGUGAUCUGCACAGUGAGGAUCUCAUUUCCACAGGGUCUUGGCUCUCACGACGUGUAUCAGAAGCUAUUUACUAUAGGCGGGUUAUUUGUCUAAACAUAUCUGUGGAUUGUGAAGAAUCUAAUAUGAUUGUGACAUACCGUCCACGUGGUAACUUCCGAGGGCGCAUGUACGUACCUGGCCAUGGUGAAAAGUGCAGUGCUCGAGCUUUUGCGGGUAUUGUGAAGUUAUCAUUACCUUUCUAUGGUGAUUGUGAUGUCAACUUUGCUUACGGCAUUUCUAAAGGACCCAAUGGAGUCGUAAAUAGGACAAUGGCGUAUGUUAUGUUGAUGAUCCAGAACAAUCCAAUCAUUCAGACUGCAGGUGAUAGAUGGGUGAGAGUUGGGUGCUCACCCGGGGCGGCGUCGCGUGGAUAUACCAAAGUUGAUGCUACAGUGUCUGUACGAGAUGCCAGCAGGCCCUCACUAGUAAGCGAGACUAGUUCCGAAAGCGGCGCAAGCGCAGUGUACGGUCUAGGCGCGGCUCCGCUAAGUAUGUACAUAGUGCGAACUAGCGCCGACAGCGGACUUAGUGCUGUCUCUCUAGGAGAACCACUUGAAUUAAGGAUAGAAACCACAGAUGAUACAGAGAUAGAAGCCUAUCACUUGGUUGCAUCAUCUAGACUUGGUGACAGUUCUGUUUUGCUACUUGAUAGUAGAGGAUGCCCUACUGGACAGGUAGACUUUCCAGCGUUCACAAGAACGUUUGAAGGCAACACCCAGCGGCUGUCAGCGAAGUUCAAAGCAUUUAGGUUUCCGAACUCACAUGUCAUCAGAUUUUCUAUCAUGGUGCGGUUCUGUGAACUUAAAUGCGCACGGGUGAAUUGUGGAAAGCUUCAGCAGUACCGGAGCUCCCGGCACAUUAAUAGCUCAUAUGAGUAUGAUCAUAGCGAGGUUGCUGCUGCCAUUACUCAAGAGAAAGCUUGGGCGCCCAACGUAGUGGCACAGGGUGGUACAGUCAUGUGUGCGGGCGGCGACGGGCGGAUGCCUCUCGAGCUGGAAAUGGUGGUGGGCUCUAAAAAUAUCUUGUCUACUGAUACCCUUGUUAGAGCUGAUCAUCGAUCUUCUUCACCUGAAGAAAACCAAGUUAGUGACAGUGCAGUGGUAUGCGUCCAUGAACUACUGCUGGUCGCGUUGGGUUUGGCGUGGCUCGCUGUACAAGUCCUGCUUUUGCUGGGAUGUUGCGUCCUUGUCAAGAGGUAUAGAAAUUUAGCAGAAAUGAGUAUGCAGAAAGACUACCACUCGUUUGACAAUAUUGGCUUCGAAACCUCAUCCACGCAUCGUAGAGUUCAUUGGCCAGAUCAACACAUAGACGUCCUUCAUACAUAG